AUGCCCUCAAGCAUGAGUCCGCUCCUACACUUCCUCUUCAUUCUCAUUGCUGCGGCGGCCUCAGUUGCCAAUGCUUCCGGGAUGACAGAUCCUAACAACGGUGGCGGCGAAGAAGACUUUGAACUGGACACGCUGUCACGGCGGUUCCUCCCCGAGCAGAGGGGAGUGUUGGCGACCGCGACAUGUGAUGAGUUCCCGCGGUUGUGCCGAGUGAAGAACAGCCGCGGGCCAGAUUGCUGCAGGAAGACGUGCACCAACACAGAGACCGACCGGCUGAACUGCGGGAUGUGCGGGCACAAGUGCCAGGGCCAAGAGAUCUGCUGCAAAGGGUACUGCGUGAACAUUAUGUUCGACAAGAGGAACUGCGGCGGGUGCAAUAGAAGGUGCACGAAAGGGGGCUAUUGCGUCUACGGGAUGUGCGAUUACGCUUGA